AUGCCUCCCUGCACCCUUCCAUCCGUCCCUGAACCGACCAACUCCGGGCACACGCCUGCUCACACAACAAGCACGCACCACCGCAACACACUCCUCCCCACUCCCGACCCCUCUCUCGCGCGCACAGGGGAAUGGGGCAUUUCCGCCUUCGCCUCCGCCCGCCUCUCCGCUCUCCUCUCCGCCCUUCCACAUGCGUCCACAUGGUUGCUCCAACAAGGGAGGCUGGGCGCCAGUGGCCCACUUGAGCCGUCCUUGCCCGAGCCUCUCCCUCCCAAGCCUGUCACAGUGAAUUGGGCCGAGCCUCUGCUCGAGCCUUGGGAACUCGUCUCCCCCUCGCUUGACCGUCCUCUGAUUCCCUUACUUUCUCUCCUUCCGCUGCUACCACUGGUGUCGCUGCUUGUUUUGCCUGUUCAAGUCACCACCGCCGUUAUCCUCAUUUUCCCCGCUGCUCUUUCCCGCCGCGGUGCCAUUGCUGCUGCUCUCUCCCAUGCCAGCAAACUCCUGAGGAGCGGAGUGCGUGUGCUGCUGCUGUCUAGUCUGUUCCUGAUGGGUGCUGCGGCCGUGGGACCCUUGAGAGAGAGCGAGGAGGGCAAAGGCGAGGAGGCAGAGGGGCGGGGCAGCAGCGACAGUGUGGAUGGAGGAGAGGGGGAUGAGUUCAUGGAGACAGGUGGGUUAGAGAUUCUGGCAAGGUGGGUUGGGGUUCGCACAGCAGUAUCUUCCGAGAAUUCUCAAAAGCAGCAGUGGCAAUGUGGUGUGGAUGGCGGAGAGGGGGAUGAGUUCAGAGAGACAGACGACGUGAUGUUCCUGGCGAGAUCUGAUUUGAUUGCAAGCACUGGGAGCGCGGAUGAUGGCAGCACUCGCCUCAUGGCAAGCCUGGCAUACUCAUGGCCGCACAAGCCUCAAGUGGGGGCGUGGUUGCGCAGGCUCAAGGAGAGGGGGAGGAUGGAGGCCAAGCUGAAGGCGAAGGCCAAUGCACCCGAGCCGUACACAGAAACUAGUGUGCAAUGGAUUCAUCGUCAGCAGCACUCAGCAGCUGGCUCCGACCAAGGCUCAUGUCGUUUGUUGCGCCUCAACACUUAUUCCCUCCUCCUUCCCUCCUUUUCUUCAUCCCCACCUACCAGCGGCAGUGGGGUCAUCGUCAGCAGCACUCAGCAGCUGGCUGGCUCCGACCAAGGCUCGUGUCUUUUGAGGCGCCUCAGCACCCUUCUUCCCUCCGGUCCUCCACUCCCACCCACCAGCGGCAGCGGGUUCAUCCUCUGCAGCAGCACUCGCGGCUGGUUCUCACCAAGGCUCAUGUCGUUUGAUGCGCCUCAACACCUAUCCCCCCCUCCUCCCCACCUUUUCUUCACCCCCACCCACCAGCGGCAGUGGAUUCAUUGUCAGCAGCGUUCAAUGGCUGGUUCUCACCAACGCGCAUGUGGUGGAUGGUGCAGCGAGAGUGACGGUAAGGGGGCGGCUGGUUCCCUCCCUGGUUCUCGACACGCCAAUGUGGUUCAUGGUGCAGUGAGGGUGACGCUGCUUCUUCCCGACGGUCGUCGCUUUGCCACUCAGUCAACCGCACUGCAUCCCUCUGCAGACCUCGCAAUGCUUAAGGUGACUCACAGGCUGCAUACCAAAGGGCCACCAGCCAGCCCUCUUUCCAGCCUGCAAGGGGUUGAAGAGCCGGCUGUAGCAAGAGUGAAGAGUGAGUUGGAUGUAGCAAGAGUGAAGAGUGAGUUGGCUGUAGCAAGAGUGAAGAGUGAGUUGGCUGUAGCAAGAGUGAAGAGUGAGUUGGCUGUAGCAAGAGUGAAGAGUGAGUUGGCUGUAGCAAGAGUGAAGAGUGAGUUGGCUGUAGCAAGAGUGAAGAGUGAGUUGGCUGUAGCAAGAGUGAAGAGUGAGUUGGCUGUAGCAAGAGUGAAGAGUGAGUUGGCUGUAGCAAGAGUGAAGAGUGAGUUGGCUGUAGCAAGAGUGAAGAGUGAGUUGGCUGUAGCAAGAGUGAAGAGUGAGUUGGCUGUAGCAGAAGAAGAGGGGACAGGGUGGUCGGCAGCAGACAGUGUUGGGUCAGCUAAGGAGAGGGCUACUGUGCAUGGUUGCAGAGGAGGGGGGUCACGGGAAGGGGUUGGGGAGGGUUUGAUCAAGGGGGAAUGGGAUGAGAACUCAUCUGUGGCGGUCAUAUUUGGGGAAGCGAGAGGAGGAGAGCAAGAGAGAGGAGGGGAGAGAGGAGGGAAAGGCGAUGGAGAGGAGGGAGAAAGGCAAGGGGAUGGAGGGGAGAGAGGAGGAGGUCAGAGGGAUGGAAGAGAGGAAGGAGCGGGCAACAGGGAAGAGGAGUGGCUGCCCUGUGCGCCCAUUGGUGACAAUGAUGACGUGGAGCUUGCUGAUUGGGUGAUCUCGGUGGGCAAUCCUGUGGGGCUACCUGGCAGCAUCAGCCUGGGCGUGAUUAGCAGCCUCCACCGCACUGCUGGUCAGGUGAGUGGGAGUGCCCCACUCCUCGCUGCACUGCUUCGAACCAGCUGUGCCAUCAACCCGGAGAGCUUUCCUCCAUUUUCUCCUUCUCCCCACACUCUCACUCCCUCGAGUUUCCUCUCCAUUUUCCGCCACCCGUCCCACCAGGUGGGAGUGCCACACUCCUCGCUGCACUUCUUCCAAACAGACUGUGCCAUCAACCCGGGACGCUCAGGCAGUCCCCUCGUGAACGAGUUUUAA